GGGCUAUCUUUCACACUUUUUUGAGAUUUUUUGGAACACUUCCAAAAAUCCCAAUCUUUCUGUCUGCUACAGUAAUUUUCGCUAGUUAAACAUCUGCCCAGGUAUCUAUACUUGGUUUUUGUUUAAUCUAACUAUACCAGGCUGUUCAGCAUAUUGAGGGGUAUCUCCUAGAGUUUUUUGAGAAUUUUUGGAACACUUCCAAAAUUCUUGGACACACUGCCUGCUACAGUAAUUCCUACACACUUAGAAUUAGUUAGAAAUUUUUUUCUAGCUUCAUUUCUACCUGUUUUCUGGAACUGAUUGUACCUUUGUGUUCAUCAUCCUUUGAGGUAUCUCUAACACUAAUUCCAGAAUUUCUGGAGCUUUUUUUUUUGUUUGGAAAUGUACUGUUUACAGGUUCUCUCUUUGUGAUGACAAAGAAGAGUAAGCAAACCCGUACCCCCCGCCAAAAGAUGCUAAGUUUGAAGAGAAGGCCAAGUACAUACAGGCUAAGAAAUUAGCGGCUGAGCUAAAAAGGAAAGCAAAGAGAGGUUUUACCAACACCGGAUCAACAAGGCUCUUCCAACUCCAUUGGGGGUGUUUCUUUGGACCCGAACGCUGAGAUUGAGACUCCAUCUCCUGAGGAUACUACUGUGGCCGAGGCUUCCUUGGCUAUUUCUAUUGCUAAGGGUGAUGAUGCUUCAAAUAUGGAGCCAUCUCUUGCCCCCCAUACAACGGGGGGAGGUGGUUCUUUUGCGGAGGCACUCUUGGGGAUUUCCUCCUCAACAAAUGUUGGGGCAACAAAGGAGAUUUCUAUUACCAAUGCUAAAACAAGUUCCAUUGAGGUUUCGGAUGAGAAUCAAGUGACUAUAGAAGAAGAGGAUGAAUCUAUCACACUAGGAUCACAAGACACCAUGCCAAAGAAACCAAUUGAAAAGGAGGAGGGUGGUGAUAAACAAUGGUCUAAAUUGUUCCAUGAUAACCGAGCCCCCUCAUAUGGAUUAAAGCUUGAAUACUUCCCUCCUACCGGAGAAAAAUUAGAUUUCUCACAUCUCAAGGUACCGUCACUCAUUGAGGUGUGGGGUUAUUGCUUGGUAGGCCAUUUCUCGGGAAGGUUUCCGGGGAUGAAAGCUAUAAUCGCUAUGACCAAAGCUUGGGAAGUGGAAGUACAGGUUAAGACUCAUAGCAAGGGUUGGGUGAUUUUCAAGUUUCCAUGCGAGGUUGACCGAACGAAAGUGCUUUCCGAAGGGCCCUAUGUCUUGUAUGGAAAAACUAUGUUCCUUAAAGAGCUAUCGGAGGAUUUCUCCGUGGACAGUGAUGAAUUUUUAAAAGUACCAACAUGGGUUAAAUUCCCUAGGUUACCGAUGCGGUUGUGGCAAGCGAAUGAGAUUGGGCGUAUUGCUUCAAUGGUGGGGGUUCCGAUCACAACGGAUAAAAUAACCCAAGAGCAAACCUAUACUUCUUUUGCUCGGGUUCUCAUUGAAAUUGAUGCAUCAAAACAGCCGGUCCUCCAAUUUCCAAUUAUUCUUCCAUCCGGGAAAGAACACACACAAAGAGUGAUAUAUGAAACCUAUCCAAAUUUUUGCUACCAUUGCAAAACAUUUGGCCAUCAUGCCUUCACGUGUAAUAUUCUUAACCCACGGAAGGAAGUUACCAAGGGAGGUGACACGGCUAAGGGCACUACACUGGACGUGGUCAAGGCAAAUAUGAGUCAAGUGGGGGCUAACAAAGGCAAAGCUAUUGUUGCUAAUGAACCGGCUGAGCCUCCUUUCCAAACUGUCCAGUCCAAGAAUAGCCGCUAUUUCUUCAAGCUGUCGGCUUCCCUUGCUUUGCCUAGCCACAAACGCAAGACCAAAAAAGUAUUCAAGGAAGGUGACUACGAAUGGGAGGGCCGUGCUAUCUCAAGUGUACACGAAAUGGAGCCGGACGACAUAGUUAACAAGUUUGUUACUAAUGAAGACGGUGUUCAAGAAGUCUUUGUGAAAAAGCGUCAUCAAAUAAAGAGCAUUUACUCGGUGGCUAGGAUCGGUAUGGUGUUGCAUAAAGAGGCAAAGGAUAGCGAACCGGGAAUCUUUUUCACGGACCUAUGUCUCACAUCUCUCCCCGGGGUGAAACGUGCAAGAAGGUGGUAUGCUUUUAAUAAACCUUUGUUUAUUGCUAAAGUUGCUAGUUUUUUUGAUGUCAAUGCUAGGCACAAUCAACACUUCUUGCAAGCUAAAGUUCUGCCCAAGGGAGCUGCCACCGUGGAUCCGAAGCCCCCUGAAACCGUGGAUGGUGCUAGCACAUCCAAAGCUACAAAGCCGAAGCCUAUUUACACCAUGCUUUCAAUGUGUGAUCCAAUUACCGGAGAGGAGGGCACACAGACUACUAUAGAAGAUCCGGAAGGACGCUUGAUUCGAAACAUGCAUCAAAUGUAUGAUGAUGAUGUAGUCACCGGCUUCUUCAAGGAUGAAAAUGACAAAAAGGUGGAUUUUGUAUUGCCUUUGGAUGAUGUGGAUAAUGAUGAGAAAGUGGUGAAAGUGGGACCUAAUCUCCAAUGGGUGUCUUGUGAAGAACCGGGAGUCUUUUUCACCGAGCCAUGCCUACUUUCUCUCCCAACGGUCAAGAAAAACAAGGAUUGGUAUGAUUUUGAUGAUUUAAUUUUUACUAACGAAGUAUUUAAUUUUUUUGAUGCCAACACCGCAUGGAACAAAAAAUACUUCAAAGAAAUGCAAAGAAGGAAGAGGAAAGAGGCUCGUGAUAAAGAGAAGGGGGCUGUCCAACCGGGGGAUGAUGGGUACACCUCGGACUUCUAUCUCUCCUAAUGAUAAAGAUCCUCACAUGGAACGUACGAGGUUUGAAUAAAACCUCCAAGCAUAAGUUAAUUGCUAGUAUUAUUAAAUCAAACAAUGUGAAUUUAUGUUGUUUUUUAGAAACAAAAAUGACAAAGGCCAAUUUUACAAACUUUGUUUCUAACAAAUGGCCCGGCUGGUUGUACGAAAAUAAUUUUGAAAAAAAAAAUGGGGGCCGCAUGGCUUUAAUGUGGAACCCAAUUUUUAUUAAUUGUGUGGUUUUAGAGAAUGAAAAACAGUUUAUGCAUACGAAAAUCGUUUGUCGUAUUACGCAAACUUCUUUCUUUGCUACUUUUGUGUAUACUCUAUAUUCCGUUUUGGAGCGUAAAUCAUUAUGGGAAUAUCUCACUUCGCUAGGGGAUGGUUUUACCGAACCUUGGCUAAUUGCGGGUGACUUUAAUUGUGUUUGCGCUCCGAAUGAAAGGGUGGGGGUCUCCCCCCCUACGGCAUAUAUGAUGCAACAUUUGUUGGAUUUUAAGGUCUCGAAUAACUUAAUGGACGCCCCAUCUACGGGGGAAUUCUUCACGUGGAAUAGGGGUGUCCUUUGGGCUAAGCUUGACCGUGUUUUAAUUAAUGAUGGUUGGGGACAAAAUGGCUUCACUUGUAGCACACACUUUAACGAAAUGGAAGUCGAGUUUGAUCAUACGGCCUCCGUUACAUCUAUACUCCGCAACCAUUCACAUAAAGUAAAGCCAUUUAAAUUCUUCAACAUGUGGUUAAAACACCACGAUUUUUCUAACCUUUUAGCGCAGGUAUGGAACCAAAGGGUAGAGGGCACGGCCCAAUACUCGUUGGUUAAAAAAUUAAAGAUGUUGAAGGGCCCGUUAAAGAAGCUAAAUGAAAAAGAUUUUUGCCAUAUUUCUAGCAAGGCUAAAGUGGCGAAAGAGGAGUUCAAGAGAAUCAAUAAGCUAGUGCUCCAAAAUCCAUUUGAUGAGGGACUCCAAUGCCAAUUGAAAGAAGCAAGGAAACGGGUCACCUUCCUUAGCGAAGCGGAAACAAGUUUCUAUCAACAAAAGGCGAAAGCGACUCACAUCUUGGAGGCCGACAAGGGCACUAGGUAUUUUCACGCCAUUGUGAAGAGAAACGCAUCAAGAAAUGCAAUCUCUUCUAUCUCCUUGGAAGAUGGCUCACUCACUACGUCUCUAGACCAAGUGGGAAAUGAGUUUGUAAAGUUUUUUAUUGAUUUAUUUGGUACACAGGUUGAUUGUUUUGGCCUUGACCCCAUGGUCUUGGCCUCGUUCCCCCUCAUUGAACCUAGUGUUCAUGAAAGCCUUGUUGCUCCAAUUCAAUCAAUAGAGAUUAAAAACGCUCUAUUUGAUAUUGGCAAUGACAAGGCUCCGGGCCCGGAUGAAUUUUCUUCGGCUUUUUCAAAGCAAAUUGGGAGACGGUGGGGAAUGACAUAGUCCAUGCUAUUAAGGAAUUUUUUCGUACGGGCAAGUUGCUCAAACAAAUUAAACACACGGUUAUCGCACUUAUCCCAAAAACGAACCAUUCCCCAAAAGUUUUGGACUAUAGACCCAUUUCUUGUACGAAGGUGUUGUAUAAAAUUAUCACAAAGAUUAUAGCAGCGAGACUCACACCGUGCCUUCCCGCCAUGAUUGAUCAGGCCCAAGGGGCAUUUGUUGAUGGCCGCCUCAUGUUUGAUAACAUUUUCCUAGCCCAGGAACUUGUUAGAGGAUACACGAGGAAGCGGAUCUCACCGAGAUGCAUGGUCAAGGUGGAUCUUCGUAAGGCCUAUGACACUAUUUCAUGGGAUUUUCUUGAUAAGGUGCUCAAGGGCUUGGGCUUCCCUUUGAGAUUUGUUGAAUGAAUUAUGGCAUGCGUCACGUCUGCAUCUUUUUCUGUUUCAUUGAAUGGGUCGCUAUAUGGAUUCUUUGAGGGUAAAAGGGGCAUUCGACAAGGAGAUCCAAUGUCUCCUUUAUUGUUUGUCCUGUGCCUAAAGUACUUAUCCCGAUCACUCAACUUGAGAACAAAUGGACCCAAUUUUAAUUUUCACCCUAAAUGUGCACCAUUGCGAAUCUCCCACUUGGCCUAUGCUGAUGACCUUAUGUUGUUCUCUAGGGGCGACAAGAGCUCUAUUGAAAUUCUCGUCAAAGCCCUACAAGAUUUUGGGGACGCAUCGGGUCUUAAGGUGAAUUACAAUAAAUCAAACAUCUUCGUGGGGGGUGUGAAUGAAUUUGAACUCCAAAACAUUUUGGACAUUGUAGACUUUGGGCAAGGAAAUUUCCCGGUCAAGUACCUUGGAAUUCCCCUUACCCCACUUAAAGUAUCGGUGGCCCAAUAUGCCCCUCUAAUUGAUACGAUCUUAGAAUUCUUAAAUGCUUGGAAUACGAAAACCAUUUCUUAUGCCGGGAAACUCGAGCUAAUAAGAUCAGUGAUCCAAGGGGUCCAAUCGUUUUGGCUACAAGUUUUUCCAGUACCUCGAGCUAUUUUAGAUAGAAUUGUAUCCAUUUGUCGUAUAUUUUUAUGGGGAGGGAAAUUUGAGAAAGUGGCAUGGGACGACAUUUGCCUCCCAAAAGAGGAGGGGGUCUUGGUAUACAUAAUGCAAAAAUUUGGAAUCAAGCCCUCCUUUCUCGUACACUAUGGGAUGUCCACCUAAAAAAGGACACCUUGUGGGUGAAGUGGGUAAAUGGCAUCUACCUUAAGGGUAAGUGUGUGUGGGAAUUCGUCCCACACAACCGGGAUUCGAUGUUUAUGAAGAAUUUGGCGACCAUACGCGAUAAUAUCAUGAGAUGUUUUAAUAAUAAAAAUGACACCAUCUUGGGAUUAGCCUCUCGAUCAAUUAACGGGAAACUAAUCUCAAGCAAAGUGUAUGAGCUUCUAAGAAUUAAAGGAACGGUUAGGGCAUGGAUGAGUUUCAUCUGGAAAUCUUCCAUCCCCACGAAACUCUCGUUUAUCGUUUGGUUGGCUUUAAGGAACCGGCUUCCUACCCAGGAUAGCCUCGGUUAUCUACACUUGGUGAAUAGGUGUGACUUGUGCAAGGGUGGUUUGGAGACAAUACCACACCUUUUCUUCCUUUGCCCCUUUACUUGUAGGGUAUGGCAGCAUAUUAGGAAUUGGAUGGGACUCGGACAUGAUAUGACAACACUGUUGAGCGCCAUCAAGUGGAUCAUGAAGACGCGCAAGGGAUCAACGCUGAAGGCAAAGGCUGCCCGUUUAGUGUUCUGUGUCGCGGUCUACUACAUUUGGCAUGCAAGGAAUGAGUUACGUUUUGAUGGAGGAUCGAAGACGGAAGAAGAUAUCAUUGCUAAGAUCAAGCAUGUGGUGUAUAUGGUCCUAUAUAGCCUAUACCCGCAUGACUUGAUCAAUUUCUGAGGGAUGGCUGUUGGAGCCACGACAUAACCGUUUUGGGACAAGUGUGCGCGCGCCUGGCAACACCUUGGAUUUCUGUUUGGGCUAAGGGGAGUGUAUACUAUAACCUCCUCUUGACUGGGUUCCAUUUCAUUUUUUUGUGACCUGUGUGCGUGCACGCUUGCAGCACUGAGUUAUUUUUUUUGUGGUCUUGGGCAUUUAGUAUUGUAUACUUAGGCCCCUUUUGAUUUCUAUUUAGAUCGA